AUGUCCGGAGCUCCAAGCCCGCCGGGGGGCGGUGUUACUGCGCCCAACGGCCAGGCCAUGCCCCCGGGGCCCCCUUACUUCCCCACCAUCCCGCAGGUCGGCGGCAUCCCGACCGUCGGCGUCGACGUGCCCAUCUCGGCCGUCCUGCUCGCCCUCUUCGUCUGCUCCGCCGCGGUCAACAUGACCAUCUUCCAGGUCAACCGGCGGCGCGACCACAAGUUCGUCUUCUCGGCCCUGCUCUUCGGCUUCUCCAUGGCCCGCAUCGUCACCCUCGUCAUGCGCAUCGUCUGGGCCUGCCGGCCGGCCAACGUGCGCGUCGCCAUUGCCGCCUCCAUCUUCGUCGCCGCGGGGGUCCUGCUGCUCUUCAUCGUCAACCUCGUCUUCGCGCAGCGCGUCGUGCGCGCCUACCACCCGCGCCUCGGCUGGCACGCCGCCCUGCGCCUCGUCUUCCGCCUGCUCUACGCCUGCGUCGCGGCCCUGCUCGUCAUGGUCAUCACCGCCACCGUCAUCACCUUCUACACCCUCAACCCAAACACGCGCCGCAUCUGCCGCGACAUCCAGCUCUUCGCGGGUACCUUCCUCGCCUUCCUCGCCUUCCUGCCCAUCCCCGUCGUGCUGCUCGCGGCCCUGACCCCGCGCCGCGGGGGCCGCCCCGUCGACAAGUUCGGCCAGGGCCGCAUGCGCACCAAGGUCGCCCUCAUCCUCUUCACGGCCAGCCUGCUGACCCUCGGCGCCGGCUUCCGCAUCGGCACGAGCUACGACCUGCGCCUGCGGCCCGCCUGGUUCCACCACCGCGCCUGCUUCUACUGCUUCAACUUCGUCAUCGAGCUCGUCGUCGUCUUCACCUACACCGCCACGCGCUUCGACCGCCGCUUCCACGUGCCCGACGGCAGCUCCGGGCCCGGGGACUACACCGCCCGUGCCGCCGCCGCCGCCGCCGCGGGUGGUGCCGGUGCCGCAGGCGGCCUGCAGCGGAGGAAGAGCUUCGCCGACCGGGUCAACACCGAGGCCGACGUUUUCGGCGUCGACGCCGACGACGUGGCGCCGCCGCCCGAGGACCGCGAGCGCGAGUGGGAGGAGCGGGCGCGCAAGGAGCUCCGGAGCCAGGGCGAUGACACGGUCUAA